CCCGCGGCCCGCGCUGCCAGGGUUCCCGGCGAGUCCCGAGCAGCGCCGGCGGCCGCCGCCCUCCAGCCGGACGACAGGCCACCCCGGAGCCGCCGCCGCCGCGCAGCGCCGCCCGGCUCGCCUCGGACUAGUUACGGAGACGCGGAGCGAGCGCCCGGGGCAGCGAUGCGACCCUCGGGGCCGCUGGCGGCCGCGCUCCUGGUGCUGCUGGCCGCGCACCUCCCCGGGAGCCGGGCGCGGGAGGAGAAGCGAGUUUGCCAAGGCACAAAUAACAAGCUCACGCAGCUGGGCACUUAUGAAGACCACUUUCUGAGCCUCCAAAGGAUGCUGAAUAACUGUGAGGUGGUCCUUGGGAACCUGGAAAUUACCUACAUGCAAAGGAAUUAUGACCUUUCCUUCUUAAAGACCAUCCAGGAGGUUGCUGGCUAUGUCCUCAUUGCCCUCAACGUAGUGGAGAAGAUUCCUUUGGAAAACCUGCAGAUCAUCCGAGGAAAUGUACUCUUCGAAAACACCCAUGCCUUAUCAGUCUUAUCCAACUACGGUGCAAACAAAACGGGACUGAGGGAGCUGCCCAUGAGAAACUUACAGGAAAUCCUGCAAGGCGCCGUGCGAUUCAACAACAACCCUGCACUCUGCAACGUGGACACCAUCCAGUGGUCGGACAUCGUCGGCAGCAGCUUUAUGAGCAAUAUGUCGACGGACUUUCAGAACCAGCUGGACAGCUGCCAAAAGUGUGAUCCGAGCUGUCCCAAUGGCAGCUGCUGGGGCGCUGGGAAGGAAAACUGUCAGAAACUGACCAAACUCAUCUGUGCCCAGCAGUGUUCAGGACGCUGUCGCGGCAGGUCCCCCAGCGAUUGCUGCCACAACCAGUGUGCGGCUGGCUGCACCGGGCCCCGGGAGAGCGACUGCCUGGUGUGCCGCAGGUUCCGGGAUGAAGCCACAUGCAAAGACACCUGCCCGCCGCUCAUGCUCUACAACCCCACCACCUACCAGAUGGACAUCAACUCAGAGGGAAAAUACAGCUUUGGCGCCACCUGUGUGAAGAAAUGCCCACGGAACUAUGUGGUGACAGAUCAUGGCUCGUGUGUCCGUGCCUGCAGUUCUGACAGCUACGAGGUGGAAGAAGAUGGGGUCCGCAAAUGUAAAAAGUGCGAAGGGCCCUGUCGCAAAGUUUGUAAUGGAAUAGGAAUUGGUGAAUUUAAGGACACACUUUCCAUAAAUGCUACAAACAUCAAGCACUUCAAAAAUUGCACCGCCAUCAGCGGGGAUCUUCACAUCCUCCCUGUAGCAUUUAAGGGUGACUCCUUCACACAUACUCCACCCCUAGAUCCGAAGGAGCUGGAUAUCCUCAAAACUGUGAAGGAAAUAACAGGGUUUCUGCUGAUUCAGGCCUGGCCAGAAAACAGAACUGACCUUCACGCUUUUGAGAACCUGGAGAUUAUCCGAGGCAGAACAAAGCAACACGGGCAGUUUUCUCUUGCGGUUGUUGGCCUAGACAUAACGUCCCUGGGAUUACGCUCCCUCAAGGAGAUAAGCGAUGGAGAUGUGAUCAUCUCAGGAAACCGAAAAUUGUGCUACACAAACACGAUAAACUGGAAACAACUAUUUGGGACCUCAAGUCAGAAAACCAAGAUUGUAGGCAACAGGGCUAAAAACGACUGCGAGGCCAUAGGCCAUGUUUGUCACCCGCUAUGCUCGUCAGAGGGCUGCUGGGGCCCAGAGCCAAAGGACUGCGUAUCCUGCCGAAAUGUCAGCCGUGACAGGGAAUGCGUGGAGAAAUGCAACGUUCUAGAGGGCGAGCCCAGGGAGUUUGUGGAGAAUUCCGAGUGCAUUCAGUGCCAUCCAGAGUGCCUGCCUCAGGCCAUGAACGUGACCUGCACGGGACACGGACCGGACAACUGUGUAGAGUGCGCCCACUACAUCGAUGGACCCCACUGUGUGAAGACCUGCCCAGCGGGGAUCAUGGGAGAAAACAACACGCUGGUCUGGAAGUUUUCAGAUGCCAAUCACGUGUGUCACCUGUGCCAUCCAAACUGCACCUAUGGCUGCUCUGGGCCAGGCCUUGAAGGCUGCCCCGUGAUUCCGCCCAAGAUCCCAUCCAUCGCCACUGGGAUUGUGGGCGGCCUCUUACUGGUGGUGGUGGUGGCACUCGGGGUUGGCCUCUUUCUGCGCAGGCGCCACAUCGUCCGGAAACGCACGCUGCGCCGACUGCUGCAGGAAAGAGAGCUGGUUGAGCCCCUCACACCCAGCGGAGAAGCUCCCAACCAAGCUCUCCUGAGGAUCCUAAAGGAAACGGAAUUCAAAAAGAUCAAGGUGCUAGGCUCUGGAGCGUUCGGCACAGUGUACAAGGGACUCUGGAUCCCAGAGGGUGAGAAGGUUAAAAUCCCUGUGGCCAUCAAGGAGUUAAGAGAAUCCACGUCUCCGAAAGCCAACAAGGAGAUUCUCGAUGAAGCCUACGUGAUGGCCAGCGUGGACAACCCUCACGUGUGCCGCCUGCUGGGCAUCUGCCUCACUUCCACGGUCCAGCUCAUCACACAGCUCAUGCCCUUCGGCUGCCUCCUGGACUAUGUCCGCGAGCACAAGGACAACAUCGGCUCCCAGUACCUGCUCAACUGGUGUGUGCAGAUCGCCAAGGGCAUGAACUACCUGGAGGACCGGCGCCUGGUGCACCGUGACCUGGCCGCCAGGAAUGUCCUGGUGAAGACGCCACAGCACGUCAAGAUCACAGACUUCGGGCUGGCCAAGCUGCUGGGGGCCGAGGAGAAGGAGUACCACGCGGAAGGAGGCAAAGUGCCUAUCAAGUGGAUGGCUUUGGAAUCCAUUUUACACCGAAUUUACACCCACCAAAGUGACGUCUGGAGCUAUGGGGUCACCGUUUGGGAGCUGAUGACCUUUGGGUCCAAGCCUUACGACGGAAUCCCGGCAAGUGAGAUCUCAACCAUUCUGGAGAAAGGCGAGCGCCUCCCGCAGCCGCCCAUAUGCACCAUCGACGUCUACAUGAUCAUGGUCAAAUGCUGGAUGAUAGAUGCAGAUAGUCGCCCAAAAUUCCGCGAGUUAAUCGUUGAAUUCUCCAAAAUGGCCCGAGACCCCCAGCGUUACCUUGUCAUCCAGGGGGAUGAGAGAAUGAACCUGCCCAGCCCGACAGACUCCAAUUUCUAUCGCGCCCUGAUGGACGAAGAGGACAUGGAGGACGUCGUGGACGCGGACGAGUACCUCAUUCCGCAGCAAGGCUUCUUCCACAGCCCCUCCACGUCCCGGACCCCACUUCUGAGUUCUCUGAGCGCCACCAGCAACACUCCCACUGUGGCCUGCAUUGACAGAAACGGGCAGAGCUGUCCCCUCAAGGAAGACAGCUUUCUGCAGCGCUACAGCUCAGAUCCCACAGGCACCCUGACUGAGGACAACAUAAAUGACACUUUCUUCCCGGCGCCUGAAUACAUAAACCAGUCCGUUCCCAAAAGGCCCGCGGGCUCUGUCCAAAACCCGGUCUAUCACAAUCAGCCUCUAAACCCAGCUCCUGGCAGAGACCCUCACUACCAAAACCCGCACAGCAACGCCGUGGGCAACCCUGAGUAUCUCAAUACCACCCAUCCUGCCCGCGUCAGUAGUGGGCUCGACGGGCCUGGCCCCUGGGUGCAGAACCACCAAAUCAGCCUGGACAACCCUGACUACCAGCAGGACUUCCUCCCGAAGGAAGCCAGGUCAAAUGGCAUCUUUAAGGGUCCUGCAGCUGAAAAUGCAGAGUACCUAAGGGUAGCACCACCGAGCAGUGAAUUUAUUGGAGCAUGAUAGUGGCAGCAGCCCAGCCAUGACAACCCCAGCCUCAUCAGCCCCCAGGACCAAGCCCAGCAGCUCCUCCAGGCCUGACAGCCAUGCCCACGUGAACUCCUGGACCUGGCGACUCGUUGGGCCGUAUUUGCUCUGAUCGGCCCACCUUUCAUCCAGGACGUGCCCCCUACUCGGAGGUGCUUUGGGAAGUUGCAAGGACAUUCCUCUGUCUCACAGCCUGGGAAGCUUCCAGCAGGGGCAUCUAGAAAGGAUGUUGUCCAUUUGGGCAGAAGUGGACCUUUCAGUGAGGCAUAUUCGAAACAAGAACCGCAUCUAUAAGGAGUUUCAUUGCGUGGGGACCUUUGGGGUUUUGAAUUGUCAUUACUGGUUUUGUUUGGAUUGGGCUUUUCCGAUGAGGAAGAACGGGCCCGUACGCAGCAGCUGCUGCUCUAAGUUGACCCAGGCCCGUCUGUGACGAUGAAGCAAGGGCCAGUCUUCCUGCUCACCCUCGAUUCCAUGGGCUCUGCUUCCAGGCGCUUCCAUCACAACACAAUUAUAAACCAGUAGACCUCCAGGACUCGUCAUGUCACGUCAUGGCAGGUACAAGAAGAGAAGCCACUUUGAUUUCUCUGGGCAAGGAAGAAACAGAGGAAAGUAGGAUUCCUCCUCAGACUUACUUUUAUAUAAAUCUCUCCAUGGUAUUCACUUUCCAUCGGUUGAGCAGUGUUUUCUAAUUAUAAGCAUUAGACUUCUUGUUUAUUUUCCAUUCCAUUGUUUUGAAACUCAAUAUGCUUUCCCCACCAGCAAGAGGAGACGGUACAUCAAACAAUAACCCAGAUCAACUCAUAUUUGAUUCAUCAGUAUUCAGUAGCCUUUAAUUAAGAUGGGACCACAAUGCAAAAGCUUAGACAAAAACAUAUCCCCCCAGAUUUGAGUCUCCGAGGAAAGCCAUUGAGUCCUUUGGGGGCCAGGGGGUGGGCAUGUAUCAGGAGACUGCAAAAAUGAAGCUGCCAUUAAAACUCAUUUAGCCUUCCCCCCAAAAAGAAUUGGUUUAGGCUACUUGCGGAAGAUAAUUUUCUUUCUGUUUCACUUUAAAAGUUUUUUUUUACUCGAAGGGUACUUUGUUUCUCCCUGGUGAGCUGUCCCCAAAGCCUCUCCCUGCCCUUUGUAAAUAAAAGGACCCAGGCUCUCGGGCAACUUUGCAAGCACUUACAGCCCUCCCCACGUGGGCACAUUUUGUAGGUGGAAAUAAAGAAAACCCUAUGUCUACUGUGGAAUCCAAGAGGUAAAUAUGAAACUCGAGUCUGAAAUUAAUGAUAAUGCCUUCACAGCAUCUACAGGCACAUUAGAAGAAAAAAUAUUUUUUCCCUCUUAAAAAAAAAAAAAUGUCUCUAUAAUUGGAGGAUCCAGUGAGGAAGGACACCUGAUCGGCUAGUGGCAGUCCUUUGCCAACAGUGAUUUAAACACUCUUAGUCAACAUGCACCCGUCCAUUUUAUCAAGGAAGAAAUGUGUCAGAUGAUCUUUUUGGCCUGUGGAUGUAUUUGACCCCACACAUACGUAAUUUUUCUUUGCCUUUUGAGUUUUCUAUGGACUCUCAGAUCAGGGCCCCACAGUUUUGUUGCCAAAAUAUUUUAUUUUGUCUCGAUGGAAACAUAAACUAUAUUCGAUUUAAUUCCAUCAUGUUCUCAAAUACUCUUUAGCACCUAAACCAGCCCAGCAUAGGUACUAAAGAUACAAAAAUAAAUAAAACAUAAUCCCUGAUUCCAAGAAACUCACAGUAUAGCAAAGGAAACCGACUCACAAAUGCUAACCUUAAAACGAUAUGGCAAAGGCUAGACAAGACAUGUCAGCCCCGCCCUGUGAUGGCAGAGCAGGAGUCGCGGAUUCCACCUGGGGAGACCAGGAGGGCUCCCCCAGAAGGCAGACCCACAGGGGCUGACAGGUGGCCAGGGGCUGAGACACAAGGGAAAUGGAAAGUCCUCUCCCAGUAGAGGGGACUCCAUCCAGGACAGCUUCUGCCUGAGGAAUGACUAAGAACGUUGGUUUAAAAGCCAAGCUAAGUCAUGUUAACCAGCUGCCCCUUUAAUCCUGGGAAUUUGGCAUCGUUCUCCACGUUCCCCACUUGGGGAUGUUGGUGUCCCCACCAGGAAUUUUAAAAUGAUGAGUGAGAAGAUUAAACAACAUUUCUAAGAAUCUGAAAUUUGACGCCAUGGUCAUUAAACCACUUUUAUUGUUCAUUCACCUGGGACCAUAGAAAAAUAUUAUAGAUGUUUACUCAGCACUGGGAACCAGGACAACUCACAUUCCACUGUCGCUUAUAUGUCAAGAAACAGGUGAUUGAUGAGGGAGGGCAACUGUAGCCAGUCAAAUUGUAGCAGUUAAAAGCUAGUAUUUUUGUAAUUUGAAGUAUUUUACUAUAACAUAAUAAAACAGCAAAAACUAUUCGAGCUGGUUCUUCUCCUUUGUAUUUCAGUUUCCCUGCCUAAAAUCCAGGUGAUAGAUUCCCUUCACUUUAAGAUUGUGUUUCCCAAAGUGGUGUCAUCACACCUGUUCAGGGAGGUGCACGGGGCUUGUAGAUGCUUCAGAGCCAGAGAGAGCCAAGGCCCUGGGGUCACUGUGGAGGGUCAGGAGAGGGGCUCCCGAGCUGCAGUAUUUCCAUGUGAUGGCUUUGACUGGCCACAUAUCAAAGCUUAUCCUCUGUCCCUUUGGCUCUUCCUCAUUUACACCAGUCCCUAAGGUGCUGCCCAGAGCCUGUCUGCUGUUUCGUCGUCAUUUGGUUCCUGGAACCUUGCCCCAUGGUCCAGCCUCAGACCUGGCCUUAGGAAACCAUUCGGGGGAAAGGAAGAAUUAGAAGCUAACGUUUGCAGUGGACCACCAUCCUUAUGUACAUCUUCUCAGAUAAUCUCUAAGGCGUCCCCAUAAUCGCUCUCUAUGAAAAAUACAUCUGUCACUUCCUGAAGUAAAACAGAGAUGAAUUUCCCAAACUCUAAAUUUGCUGAGUCCAGGUUGUCACUGAUUUUAUCACUAGGAGCACUGUGCAGGCAUCAUAGUGAAUUCCAGUUGACAACAAGGCUUAGGUGUUUGUUGAAAAUUCUUAAUUUUGAACGUUAGUCCCCCACCCCCUACCCCUGAAACUGCAGACAUAAAGGAACCAUGAAUUUCAUAAAGACGAAGGCACUGGUCCUCAAACUUGGCUGCCCUGGGAACCUCCCAGGUCCCAACCAAAACGAUCGUGAUUGAAUUUGUCUCAGGCGUAGCCUGGGCCCUGGGACUUUUCCGAGCUCCCUGGGGGGUUAUCUGAUGGGCAAUGAAGCUUUGGGAACCACUGUACAGGGAAGGCUCUGCCAGGGGCAACCUGGCCCUUGGCUGAUGGCUCAUAGCUCACUCGCCGCAGGCCUUGGGGUGCACAAGUAUAGACAAGGCUGUUGGGUUAUGGUGACUCCAAGUUCUCACCCUCACUGCCCACUAGAGUCACCUGGUGAGCUUAAAAAGGAGGGGACUGGGGUCCCCUCAGACCUAUUGAAUCGGAAUCUCGGGGGCUCCCCAUGUGACUCUAAUGGGCAACCAGAGUUGAAACCUUCAUCUCUAAGGUCACCCUCAGUUGUGUGAGCCUGUGCGUCUACACCAUGCCAGUCAGGACAGAACCAGACAAUCGGGGUGUGGCAAAGAGCCCCAGAGGCAGCGGCUGAACAGUUUCCAGUCCCUAAUAUGCCUGAGAGUCGGCCACUAAUGGCCAUUCCAAAAGCCUCUAAUUCCUUGUCCCCAGCAGCUCACUCAUCCUGAACGUGGCAGGUACCCAACUCUGAGCCUGGAUAAAGCCCUGAGACUGCUAGCAUUUUCUAAGGAGUGAAUUAGAAACUCUUGUCUCCUCUGCCAGUGAAUGAGCUGUUCACGCAGAGGGACAGCUGUUACAAUUGUCCUGAAUGUCUGCUUCGCAGUUCUUUCUUUGGAGAAGCACCAUUACAACCUACCCCUCUGGCCUGUUUAUUUCCUCGCCUGGGGCUGUAAAACCUACCUGGAUAGAAACCCCUGCCUCGAUUUCCACCACACCUGCAACAUCAGGGGUAUAUAUACUUUUGUACUAUUAAAGACACAUUCAGGAUUUUUUUUUUAAUGUAAAUCUAUUUUUGUAACUUUUUUGAGGAACAUUAUCCUCUUAGGUAGCACUGAAUUUUGUAAAGUAUGUUUAGGAAAACUCAUUUUUCCACUAAAGGAAACAGAUUACUUCAGAAAGGCUGGGAGAGAAUCAAAAUUUGAAACUGAAAUCUUUGUUUAAAGGGAUUUAAUUGAAGCAAGAGAAAAGUCUCCCUAUCUCUUAUAAAAAGGCACACUGUAUCGCAGAGCUAAGCUUAGCUCCUUAUGCUGAUGAAGAGGAGAAUGGUAUCUUUAAUAAUGAGAAAAGGCGGGACGCACAUGUAGCUUAGUGUUGGUCUGAAGCAGGUUCCGUUGCGUCCGUUUGAGGCAAUAUUAGUGGGAAAGAAUUGCUGUCCAUUGUCACUAAUAGAUGGAUCCAAUUGCGUACCAUACUCCACUCAUCUGUCAGCGUGCCCCUGAAAAUGUAAGAAAAGCACUACUAUAUAGCAUUUUGUUGGCUUCUAUAUACUAAUCUGACUUGGAUGCCAAUUACUUUAUCAGCUGAGCAGCUUUGGAGAACCUUGAGGCAAGCAGCGCCUCAGACCAACUCAAUAUGAAGCUCUAGGGGUGUAUCCCAGGAUUUGCACUUUUUAAAGCUCCAAAAGCCAUUCUGAUGUACAGCUAAGGUUGAGAACCCCCACCUAGGGACCAGCCACAAGUAUGUGGACUUGCAGGCAAAUUCUGCUGAUGUAGGUACUUCAGGAUUGAGAGAACACUAAGCCACAAAGCCCUCAGCAUCCAUCGCCGAGCAUCGGGAACCUGGAUGGACAGAAGUUCUAGGACAGUUGCCCAAGCGCUAGAGAGGAAAGGGUCUAACCAACCAAUGAAAAGGAAGGAAAUAUAGAACAGAUAACUUGUUUCCACUUCCUCUGCUAAAGGCGGUCUGGUAGUAAAAUAAAAAUCAUGUGCGUUCUUGCUGCUUGUGCAACCCACUUUUUGACCUCCCUCUAGCAACCAAGUAACCUUUAUUCCCAAGGAUGGAAGAAAACAUGGACUUGGCAGUUACAGUCAAAGGGUAGACGUCAAAAGGAUUGCAUAAGUAGUUGGAUGACUUGUAUAAAAACAAGAGUCCAACAAGAGCAUUCUUGCUUUAAAAAAACAUUUGUUAUAGUUUUUUCAUAGAUUAUAUCUGGGAUAGAAACAAGCUAUUAGCAUUGUUUUCUCUUCCACGUAUAUAUCUGCACAACCACAGUAUGCAAGUGUGUCCUUUCUGAAUUGCCAGCAGAAGUACUAAGAAUCCCCACCUAUCACCUAGCAAGUAAAACUACAAGGGAAAACUUAAAUAUAUGCAUUUUUACGUGCAUUUACUUAUUUUUUUAAAAAAAGAAAACUUUUUGACCUAAUUUGGCUACAAAAUAAUCUUGCUAUAUAAUAUAAUCUUUUGGAAAAGAAGAGGUCCUAUCGAUUAGAGGUGACAAUGUAACUAAUUAGCAGAACAGACAGCAAUAACUUCAUUUUGAAAUAAGCAAUAACUUUAUAACUUCUAUACAUGGUACGUUUUAACAUUGUAAAGUUUUGCUAUGUUGAAAGCAAUAUUUGUACAAAUGAAAGGCGAGAUUCUCUUUUAUAUGGUUUACACCUUUGAUCAGAACAUGCUGACUGUAUAUUGAGUAUUAAACAAUUAGAUGUACAUUAUUCAUUGUUCUUUUGUCAUAAGUACCUUAUAAAAAUAAUUGUAUUCUUGGUUAACAAUGCAUUGUUGAUAUUAUUGAUCUUA